UAGACCUGCCCCUGCAGCUGCUGAUAGGACUGAGCCUCUUCCUCCUCCGCCCCAUCCUGCAGGCUAUGAGACUGGUGACCACAGGCCCAGAUCAGACGGGGGUCCCUGCACCUGCUGAACUGUAAGGACUGCGUGGUCAAGUCUCCUGCGGGCGCUUGUACACUCUCUUGAGGGACAGCAUGGCGCAGGACAGCAGAGAAGUAGAUGAUUUCCUCAUGUACUUCAUCUUGUUGGAGAAGGUCCCGGUGGGCAGUCGGACGAUAGAGCCCGGUAGACUAUGCUGCAUGAGCGAGGAGUCCUAUCUCCAGAGUGUGACGGGGCACCAGAGCCCGGCCCAGUCCCUCAGCGUGACAGUCAUCGAGGAGAACGUCUCGAUAGAUGUAGAUGUCAACGUUCUGCAGCCCCUGAGCCAGAGGAAAGCUGCCCUACUUUUAGCCAUCCGCAACCCCACCGAGAGGUUCAACUGCUUCCUGGAGAGGGGUCUGGAGCAAGCUGUCCAGGCUGAGGUCGGGCAGAGGGUCCUCGUGGAGCAUGAGCAGAAGCUUUUCCCUGCAUUAAUCCAUCUUGUGGACAACAUCCUGGACACCAGCACCUUACUACCUCCCGUGUACUUCGGAGUGGAGCUGGAGGGUGAAGGUGAAGGUCGUGGUAACAUGGAUGGCACUUAUAAAGGGGUGACAUUCUUCAAGUGUAAGAAGAACAGUGGCCUCCUACUACCUUUUAAUAAAGUCAUUUUCUCCGGGGCCCCUCCAUCGGAUGAUACAGGAUCCACAAAUCCACAGAGUGGUUCAGUGAAUCGUGGUGACAAGGUUGCGUACUUUGUGGAGGACUCUUUAAAGCGAGGAAUAGUUGUCUUCUCAAGUAACCAAUCGGCUACAGGCUUUGUGGAAGUCUUACCGGAGGAGACCACAUCAGGUGACUUGUUGAAGAUCCCCCUGGACUCUAUAGUGAAGGAGCAAGUCACGACUUCAGAUGAUCAGAGCCUGGUGCAGGAUGGGAAGCCUGCCAGUAAUGAGGAGCAGAGAAAGUUAGACCUGGAGGUGGACUCGAUGGUGCAGAUUCGGUAUAAAGAAGGGGAGCUGGCCUUUGGGAUCAUCCGGUGGUUGGGCUACAUGCCUCAAAAAGAGGAUGUCAUGGCUGGGGUAGAGCUGGAAGAAGACAAAGGUUGCAAUGACGGCAGCUGGUGCGGCCAACGGUACUUUUUCUGUCCACCUAGACGAGGACUGUUUGUGAAGUUAAAAGCUUGUCAACCAGACACCCGCUUCCUGUCCAGUGGAGAUUUCCCACCAAAGAGCCCAAAACACAGUAAAAGUGAUGGUCACAGGGUGCCAGGGAAGGUUCCUCCUUUGCAGGGUGCUGCUGCUGUGGAUAUUUUAGAAGGAGAUAUGAAGGGUAUUCAGGGCCAUUGCAAUUCCUGCUACAUGGAUGCCGCACUUUUUAGUCUCUUCUCUUGUAGCUCUGUGCUGGAUUCACUUCUCUUCAAACCUUCAACUCUUCCUGAUGGAAAAAUCCAGGAAACCCUGAGGGAGGAAAUAGUCAACCCCCUGCGCAAGAACGGCUAUGUGUCAGCGGACAGUGUGAUGACCUUGAGAUGCCAGCUGAAGGAGGAGAGUCAGUGCCCCAGCUUCACUACCUCUGAGAAAGACCCGGAGGAGUUCCUCAACCUCAUCAUGCAUCGCAUCCUGGGGGCUGAUCCUCUCUUAAAGCUACAAUCUGCGGGUCAGCGGGUACAGGAGUGCUACUGCUAUCAGAUCUUCAUAGAGAAGCAGCAGGAGAUGACCGUGCCCAAUGUCCAGCAGCUCCUGGAGCAGUCCUUCCAUCACUCCAGGCUGAAGCUGACGGAGGUCCCGUCCUGCUUCAUUAUCCAGAUGCCGCGCUUUGGGAAGGAAUACAAGAUGUUCAGUAAGAUCGUCCCAUCUCUGGAGCUGGACAUCACGGAUCUUCUUUCUGAUAGUCCUCGGGAGUGCGUUGUGUGCGGGAUCCUGGCCACUCAUGAAUGUGCCGAGUGCUUCAAGGACGUGAUCCUGUCCGACUGUGGCCCCAAGCAGUACUGUCUGGUGUGCUGUAAACAGGUUCAUUCACAUCGCAAUAGGAAGGACCACAGACCCGUUCCUCUGAAGAUCCCAGAAGGCUUCCUGAAGACGCCAAACAAGAUCCCACGUGAGACGUUGGAGCUGUUCGCAGUGCUGUCCAUAGAGACCAGUCACUAUGUCUCCUUCGUCAAGUACGGGACGGAGAAGGGCAGCUGGAUGUUCUUUGACAGCAUGGCCGACCGAUUUGGAAGUGAAGAGGGCUACAAUAUCCCGAGAGUUUCCCUCUGUCCAGAAGUGGCUACUUACCUAGCAGCUCCGCUCAACGAUCUCAUGAACCAGAACCCUCGUGAAAUGAAAGGAGUUGCCAAACGCCUCUUCUGUGAUGCCUACAUGUACAUGUACCAGAGUAAGAGGAUGGCGCUUUAUAAGUGAGGACAUCUGAAGGAACAGAUCUUGACCACACGCUAGGCCUCGGCUCUCAAAAAGAUCUAGGCUGUGAAAAAGAUGGGUCCCUCAGUUGGUUUUUAUUCCUCCUGUUGGUGGCUUAUCAAUGCAAUGACCUGGUCAGGUCCAGAUGACAAGGUGACAUAUAUUCUUCUAUCUGACUUUUGUUCAGGUGCCAUAGCCAUCUAAUUUGUGGUGAGUUAUUGUAGGGUUAUCAAAGAGUCCUCAAGUCACUUCUUCCUCGAUGGAAGGAAUAUUAUUGUGAAUUCAUAAGACCUCAGGUCCCCUUCUCCCUACCAGUGUAGAAAUACCAUGGCUGGUCAACUGGUCCAAUCGUGGACUUAUAGUAUCCACCUCAUUUUGAGAUAGGAGGGUCUAUGCUUGGACACAUGGCCCAUGGACAGCUUGAGCUAGGCCAAUCUCUCAAUAGGAACCAUAAGACAUGUGGGUGGUCUAUGGUAAUCCUCCUAAGCUUUGUUGUGACACUUAGUGAACCUGGUUUCUUCAAGUACUACACAGGAAAUGCACUCAAAGCCUCAUGAACCUGUAAUAUGGGUCUGCAGGUGGGUGACAUCUUCUGUAAAAUGUUGCUCUUCUGUGUUUUCAGGAGACUUAAUAUCUCAGGAAAGCUUCACAUUUCUUACAAUGUGUCAGGAAUUGACACAAUCUAUUCAGUCCAAUAAACAAGCCAUGACCUUCUGAUUACCCCGCACUCUCAGGGACAGCAGAAGACUUUCCAGAUUCUGGGAGGUUUUCAUAUCUUAAUAAAAAUCUGUUUACAGUAAAA